UCGCGGCAUCCAGUCGUCCCCCCCACGUGGGCGUGUAUUUGCGAGCUCGUUGAGAGCUAAACCCACCUCCCAAGAUCGCUGGUUGGCUAACGUUCUCUGUGUGUGAAUUUGCGUUGAAGAUCAUCAAUACCGACUCGUCUGGGUUUCACUGCUCGCGUUCUCCCGGCGAAGACAGUUACGUUUUUCAUUGUACGACGUACUCUAUCACUAAAUAACAAGCGAGCUACAAGGAUUACUAUAAACUGCUCAAGUAUACCAAUCAACAGUAAAAUUUCUGUGUUUGGUUUUGAAUUUUCAAGGAUAAAGACGGGGAAUUCAUGGUUUAUCGUGUCACGGCUCGCCGGCGGUCGUGAAAAAAUUUUCAGUUGCGAUCGGAGGCACUCGUUGUUCGGAAUAUUUAAUUCGUUUGAGCAUCAACAUGGACGAGGAUUUAAAUCAUACGAGCUCCAAGAGGCAAGAAUCGAGAGAAAAACGUAGUGGAUCUGCGUCUGAGUACGAUGAAUCUGUGCCUCGAAAGAAAAGACGACGAUGUGGAACGUGCGAGCCGUGUACAAGGAAAGUUAACUGCGGAGACUGCAGCAACUGUGUGAAUCGUAAGACUGGUCAUCAGAUUUGCAAGUACAGAAAAUGUGUUCAACUCAAAAAGAAAACUUCCACUGUUUUGCCCCAACCACGAGAAAACACAUCAAACGCUAAGCAGGAAUCGUCUGAACCCAGUUCGCCCGUAGAGGUGCAGUCUACUCGUUUAAGCCCAGCUAAAGUGGCCUCAGACAGCGAUGAUGCUGAAAUAGUCAGUGAUUCGAACGAAGAGUCGAAACCACAAGCGCCGAGUAAACAGAUCGAUAUAGACGAGAAAGCGAAACUUUCUAGUCCAAGCAAUCAUCAAAGUGAAAAUUCAAAUAUCCGAGAGGAAGUCAUGGCUAGUCUCAGCGCUACGAAUGUGUGCCCUGAGGUGGUCGUCCAAGAGACUUCAUGCUCACAAACCGCUAUAGAACAGAACGCUUUGACACCGCCGAAUAACACAGCUCCACGCUGCGAUGAGAGCCCGGCACCCCAACCGUGUCGUUGUCAAGUUUCUCCUAAAGAGGAUGGCCCUGAGUACACCCAGCUGGGCAACGCACCAACCAUUGAAGGCAUUCGAACCUUGAUGGAAAAAAGGUUUGGCAUUGAGGGAGAAGCUCUGCGGAUCGAACAGAUAACGUAUACGAAUCGAGAAGGCAAGAAUUCCCAAGGGUGUCCAAUAGCACGAUGGGUGAUAAAAAGAUCUGGUCCCCAAGAAAAAGUCCUAGUGGUGGCCCGUAAGAGAACGAGUCACCAGUGUGAUUUGGCAUAUCUUGUGUGCAGCAUUGUCAUCUGGGAAGGAAUUCCUAGAGCUGAGGCUGACUCGCUUUAUCGAGAACUGACCAAUGUUAUACCAGAGAAUGGCUUGCCCACGGCUAGGCGAUGUAACUACAAUGAUAGCAAAUCCUGUGCCUGUCAAGGAAUGAAUGAAGAAACCUGUGGUGCGUCUUUCUCGUUCGGUUGCUCGUGGAACAUGUACUUCAAUGGUUGUAAGUUUGCAAGGACGAAGAGCCCAAGGAAGUUCAAGCUACUCGACCCUACAAAGGAAGAACAGCUGGAAAAUACCAUGCAAGAUAUCGCGACAUUCUUAACACCAAUCUACAAGCAAGCAGCACCAGAAGCAUUUGCUAAUCAGAUAAAGAAUAAGGAUGGUUUCGAGUGUCGCAUCGGUAACGAUGAAGGUGAUCGCCCAUUUUCUGGAAUAACGUGCUGCAUGGACUUCUGCGCUCACAGCCACAAGGACAAACAAAACAUGGAUGGCGGUGCCACUGUGGUUUGUACGUUACUCAAGCCUGAAGCAGGAGCCGACGCUGAAGACGAACAGCUACACGUGUUACCCAUGUACCAACUGCUAGACCAGGAUGGUAAGGUCGCCAGUCCCAACUACGUCAUGCCAGCCCACAUGCGCUCACCGUCCCUUGAUGUCUCUUCUGUAUUCAAAGCACUACCAAAAGAGGACAAAGAGAAAUCACAGAACGCUAUAAAAACAAAUGCCGAAGAUCGAAAGGAAGCUGUAGCCAAAAAAGAACAUUCGCCUCUCACGGAAAAUCAAAAAAAUCCUUAUAUAAACGGUGGUGUCUAUGGUGACCGUUUUCAUAGUAACGGGUUAGGUGAUCCACCUUACGGCUAUCCUACGUCGGUUGUUCAUCAUCACCCUGCGGCUAAUCAUAUUAUGAAUGGUUAUUAUAAUAAUCAUUUUAGUACCAAGUCUCAUCUGCCGUAUUAUCCGUUCCUCGGGAGUAACCUGUUCGUGGACCGGUUACGUUCUCCUGAUGUUCGCUGGGUGGAUGAGAACCAUAUUCCUUACCUCUACCGGACACACAGCGCGCAUAUGAACCACUAUUCUCAACACCAGCACUACCCACUGGAGUACCCAGAGGAUCACAAGGGGAUAUUUCCACCUGGUAAUCCCUGGAGUAUGCAGCCACCUCCCGCGAAGACAUUCAGUGAAGAACAUCUUCGGAAUGGCAUCCAUGGUGGCGAAGCGACUAAACCUAAAGCAGUUAUUCACCACUACAGUGGGGCACCUAUAGAAUGGGGAAAAUCUCUUACAGAUAUCAAGUAUGUUGAUGAGAAGGAUGUUCCUGUAAUGCGGUCUAAUAGCCCUGGUGUGCAACAUGAACAAGGGCGUGGCCCUCCUGUCAAGCGCGCGCAACCUGGGAAACAGAGCGCGGAGGUGUCACCGACGAAAAAGGUUUAUAAAUUCGACGAGGCGAUGGGUGGUGUGGCGCUUGCCUUAACUCCGGGCUCUCUACUUAUUGAAGUAGCGAAGAAGGAAAUUCAUGCUACAACACCCUUGAAAAACCCACAGCGUCACUCUCCUACCAGAAUUAGCUUGGUGUUCUACCAACACAAGCAACUGAACACGAGGUACCAUGGCUUAGAUGAAUGGGAGCAAAAGGUUGCAAGGAAAAAGAUGCUUCAGGAAGAGGCAGCAGCGGAAAAGGGAGGUGGAAACACCGCAAGAGAAAGCGCCCUGCACGAGAAUUAUUUGGAUAUGCUGGCUGAAACGGCCUUGUCUCGGGAAGACAAGGAACCUCAGUCGGUGCUGCAGCAGGCGAUGACCUGGCAAAUGGCUGGUGACAAUAAACAACAACGUGAAGACGUUCAGAAGAAAAAUAACGUUGGGGAGCUUGUAAAAAUGGAUAUAAACAACAACAUGUACGACCGUCUAGUGAACGAAGACCCUUCAGUUGUAACCGAGACGUUUAAAGAAAGUCGGCUGCCAUCGUCACAAAACAAUAGCUGUAAUGAUUUGGCACAGAAAAUGCACGCUGGAAUGGCGCGGGAUCAGCUUCAGAAGCUGCGCGAGCUUCGGGAAAGCGACAUUGUCAGACACCUCCAUGGCUGGCCUCGUGAGCAAUGUCUGCCCAAUGGUAUUGUCGCACCAAGAAGCCAUCUUGAAGAUCGUGUUUCCACAGGAGCGACAACCAGUAGAGCAAAUGUCAUUGACCAAGACGAACGUGAACGGCAUGUUCGCCAAGCCGAAUCGUUUCAAUAUUCCAAGGACAAGAUGCGAGAGAAUAAAACUUCCAUUGCGCAGGGAGAGAUCCGUUCUGCCUCUACCGUUUCGAAUUACAGCGUUUCUAGACUUUUAGGAAAGGACACUGAAGAAACCAAGAAUCAUAAUAAGGCUUCUCGUCCGUCAAAUGCAUCUUCUACAUUUUGCAUCAGUAAUAUUCUGGGAAACACGACCAAGGCCUCUGAUGUGGACUCCAAGCGCGAAGAGAAGGAACGAUUACCCGUCCCUACGAAACCCAAGUCUCCGCCUGCUGUAGCGAAAACAAAUGGUGAAUGCGCAGAGACCAAGAAUCAUUGCCAAAUCUCUAUACCAUCUGAACACGAGCGGUCAGGCUACCCUGAGACACUACCGAACCCUCACCAAUAUGGAUCCACUCAUCCUCAAUACAAAACGGCACAUUUUUGUGGUGGGAUGCCAGAUAAGGCAUAUUAUGGUGCCGAACAUAGGAUGCCCUUUGAUUUACAUUCAGAUGCUCGCGCUCACCCUAUGGCUCAGUAUAGUCCCUAUAAGUUCGGAAUGCCAUUUCCCACUCAACCUACCUUUUUCAUGCCAUCAUUUCAUCCUCUGUUGUCUGCGAGCAAUGGACUUACGCCUAACCUCGCGCUCGUGAAUUCAAGGAACUAUCUUUCAAGUUUGGCGAGUAACUAUUCGCACUCGAAACGCCUCGAAGAAUCACUUCUUGCUCCAAUCUCUACAGCGACAAGAACUGGACUAAGCUAUCCAAUUGAUAGCCUUAUUACUGUUGCGCCUUACUCGCAAACGUGCGUUACUGGUCAUUAUCAAAAUUGGCUUUGAUGGACGCAAUGUUGUGUGUUAUCCUCUACGCGUGUGUAAGUGUUUUAAAGUAGAAUAUAUUACGAUGUGA